GAGGGUUGAUAAUGGAGGUGUUCUCCACAAUCCUUUGCGGUAGUUCAAGAUGGCGGCGCCCAAUGACACUAUGAGCGAUUCGGAAAGCAGUAGCGACGCGGAGGAGCUGGCGCGGUGCCGCGAGGCAGCAAUACCGGCCUGGGGCUUGGAGCAACGGCCGCACGGGGCAGUGAAGCCAAGAGCCGGUGCUACAGAUAACCAGUUGUCAACCUCCCAACCGAGUCUCAGGCCUAAGGUGGAUGAACAUGAACAAGAUGGCAACGAGCUUCAGACCACCCCCGAAUUCCGAGCCCACGUAGCCAAGAAGCUGGGAGCCCUGCUGGACAGCUUCAUUACCAUCUCAGAAGUAGCAAAGGAGCCAACAAAAGCUCAGGUACAGAAAGUCGCUUCAGAGGAUGAUGGUUUCCGCCUUUUCUUCACGUCUGUCCCUGGAGGCCGUGAGAAGGAAGAGUCUCCCCAACCCCAGCGAAAGCGCCCGCCCUCCAGCUCCAGCAGUGAGGACAGCGGCGAGGAGUGGCGGCGGUGCCGGGAGGCAGCUGUGUCGGCGUCGGACAUCCUGCAGGUGUCCGCCAUCCACGGCGCUGGCACGGGGGAGAAGGAGGCAAAGGAGAAAAGGAAGUCCAAAAAGAAAGCCAAGAAGGUGGCGGUAGUCGCCACCGCCGCCCCCAGCGCCGCCACAGUCCAGAAGCAGAAGUCAGGUGAGCUCACCAGGGACCAGGUGUCGCUUGGAACCAAAAAGAAGAAAAAGAAGAAAAAGGCAAAGAAGGCCAGUGAGGCCUCUCCAUUCCCACCAGCAAAGAGUGGCACGGCGGUGCCUGCAGACUGACCUAGCUGUGGGCACAGGGCUCAGAUCCAACGACAGGGUGCCUGGGGACAAGGCAUUUCCAAGCCCCACCUCCCUCUCCAAGUUCAAGGACUGGGCUGGCAAGUCUAGACUGUCCGUAAGACCCUGAUGGUGAUGAGGGCUUGCCCAAGAGUCGGGCCAAAAAAGUGGCUGCGGGUGAGAAACCCAAGCACGGCCUGCCCGUCUGUGCUCCCAUGGGGGGCUGGGGGCCUGUGGUUCCAGAACAUUGCAUGGCCUCAGGAAAAGGAGCCUUCCGGUUAUUUGAGACUAGUGGCCAAGUGGUAAAACCUCUAUCUCCCUAGAACUGUCUGAGGUGGGCAGGGGAAGGGAGACCUCCUUCCCCACCACCUCCUUAGCCUGGCGUGAGAAACCAUUUCUAGAAAAUGAGAGAAGGGAUCCCAAGAUGCCAAGGUCCAGAGAAACUUCUGUUCUUCUCCCCUUAGUCCACAUAGACUUCACAGAAGCGUCUGAGAACAGAAAGAUUUUUUUCACCCCUGGCUUUCUAGAAUUUCCUUUGUCUGCAUUUGUGAAUAUACCAAACAUGAUGGUGUCUCUGAGCUGACCAGAUUAUGGAAACUCAAUUGUCAGGGGACCCAAACAAAACUGAGAGCGAGCUGGGUAUUGCCUCUGUCAGUGCUGAACCUUAAGACACUUUGAAUAAACAUCCUCCUCUCUCCACCCGACCCAAGACUUCAGGAAGUGUCACAGCGCUCGUGGACUAGGUUUCCUGUGACAGAGGCAUUCUGCAAGAGGUAGAAGCUCACUGCCAAGCACAGUGGCUCCCGCCUGAAUGCCCAGCACUUUGGGAGGCCAAGGAGGGUGGAUCAGUUGAGGCCAGGAGUUUGAGACCAGCCUGGCCAACAUGACGAGACCCCAUCUCUACUAAAAAUACAAAAAUUAGCUGGGCGUGGUGGCACACACCUGUAAUCCCAGCUACUUGGGAGGCUGAGGCAGGAGAAUCAUUUGAACCCAGGAGGUGGAGGUUGCAGUGAGCCGAGAUUGCACCACUGCACUCCAGCCUAGGCAACAAAGUGAGACGAGACCCUGUCUUAAAAAAACAAAAAACAAAAACAAAAAAACAAGAAGUAGAAGCUGACAGCCAGACACUGUUGCUCACACCUGUAAUCCCAGCACUUUGGGAGACGGAAGCAGGGGGAUCACUUGAGGCCAGGAGUUCCAGACCAGCCUGGAUAACAUGGUGAAACCCUGUCUCUGUUAAAAAAAAAAUACAAAAAUUUGUCAGGCAUGGUGAUGUGCGCCUGUGGUCCCAGCUGCUUGUGAGGCUGAGGUAGGAGGAUCAUUGAGGCCAGGCGGUCAAGGCUGCGGUGAGCCGGGAACGCCUCUGCGGUCCAGCCUGGGUGCCAUGACACCCUGUCUCCAAAACAAAAUUUUUUUAAAAAAUAGAAACUCCAAGUUAGGUAAAAUCUGGCUUCAUCACCAGAGUCUCAGCAGAGCUAGAAAAGCAGAGACGGGUGUGAGAGUGGGUGCUGACGCCCGCCUCGUCUUUGCAGGCCCCUGGCCUGCCUCCACCUCCCUCUGCCUGCCCAAACUCCCCCCGAAUGAUUUGUGGACAAGCAAGGCGUUUCCACCGCAUUUCUCCUUGACUUUACUAAAAGUUAAAUAAAUGUGCCGCUCGCCCCAGC